AGGGACAGACGGACACGGGGAGGAGUUUCUAACACACCGAGUUCAGCUCAGGACAGACUGAAGGACAAACAAUACUACCAGGGAGCAUUUGACGAGGGGGGUAUUAAAAAAAAAAAAAAAGAGAGAUCAACAGAACAUAUUGAAAUAUCGCCUGCCGUGAGUACAAUGUCUCUCGCUCCGGCCGUCGCUCGCGUGUUGGCUGCUGCGUCGCACUCGAGCCAUGAGGGGAAAAUGAAGACCUGGAAGAUACUGACCUUUGUGGUGGCCGUACCCGGCGUCGCCGUCUCCUGGCUCAACGCUCACCUGAAGGGGCAGCAGCAUUCGCACGAGCAGCCGGAAUUCGUGCCAUAUUCUCACCUGCGUGUCCGCACCAAGAAAUUUCCCUGGGGCGACGGGAACCACAGUCUGUUCCACAACCCUCACACUAAUCCUCUGCCCGACGGCUACGAGAAGAGCGAUCACUGAGGAGCGCUCGCGUUUAUCAGCCGUGUCCAGUCUGCAGUGUACCCUGGCUUGAUUAUUCAGACCAAAUGGGCCGAGCGGUGACGCCAUCAAGCAGUGCACCCAGACAGGAAUAAACCUACUUUGUGCCGUGUUA